CAGCUUGACACCAAAAUACUCACGGAGAGUGCACUGGUCCGUGGCCGGACCGCCUCAGUUCGCCAACGGUUUGCGCGAAUGGGCUGGCGGCCACAGCUGGACCUUUAUAAAUCACGGUCACGGACACGUCUACCUACCAACAACCCACACACGCGCCCGGCACAAGUCCCACAGCCACAGCCACACUGCGCCGCACUGCACUGGACACACGGCCGCGCACGCGCCGCCGCGGGGAGGCGAGGAGCGAGAGGGAGAGAGACGGGGGCAGCGGCCAUGGUGGAAGGCGGCAGCGGCGCGGGGGCUACGUCGACCUGCCGGCGCGGCGGCGGCGGAGGCGGCGUCGUCGGCCCCGCGGCACGGCGGUGCUGCGGCGGCGGGUGCGGGCUCGGGCGUCUCGUCCGGCGGCUGCGGCGGCAGGGGAGGCAGGCGCUGUGCGCGGCCAGGCCGGCGGCGGCGUCGUCGUCCUCGUCGGCAGCCGGGGCGCUCCGGGGGUGCCAGUACGACCCGCUGAGCUACGCGCGCAACUUCGACCAGAGCGGCUUCGGCGACCCCGACCCGGACGCGGACGCGGCCAGCCUCUACUACAGCUACACCUUCUCCUCCCGCUUCGUGCUCGCGCCAGGCAGCGCCGCCUCGUCGGCCGCCUCCGUCGCGGCCGUCGCCCCCGCGCCGAACGGCCUCGUCGUCGCCAGCCGGCCAACCGCCGCCAGCCAUUAGCCGUCCCGGCGCCAGUAGCUUCCCUUUGUCUCUCCUCGGGUUCCUUUUCCUCAACCCCUGGAAUGGAAAGGCAGCAGCUUGUUUUAAUUGGAUUAAAGAAGAGGUUUUCCGUAGGGGAAAGUUCGGUCGGGAGAACGACGAUGCUUGUACAUUAAUACUGUAGUACUGUAUGUAUGCGAGAAGAACUCCAUUGCUGGGUCGAUCGAGCUGUGCCAUGCCAUGCCAUGCCAUGCUCGACCGGAUUCUCAAGGACCGUGUUCAGAUUUC